AUGCAGAAGUUGAAGUGGCAGUACAAGACUCUCAUCUCCGACGUCCCCGACGCCUUCGGGCCGUCGGUGGCUCAGCGCUUGACCGUGCGUCUGCUAGGCGGCGUCGACCAGGACCAGACGGUGGACAUCAAGCUCGAGUGCCUCGACAACCUCACGGACUUGGUCAAGAGGUUCGGCCGCGAAGUGGAAAGCGAGCACGAGCGCAUCAUGACGGUGGUGUUGAAGCAGCUGCCCCACGAGCGCGUGGUCGUGCGAAAGCGGGCGGCCACCUGCCUGGGGUCGGUGGCGGUGGUGGUGUCGGAGUCGCUGCUCAACCGGCUGGCGGUGCACCUCCUCCAGAAGAUCUCGGAGUCUCCCCCACCCGACGUCGUCCGCACGCUCAUCCAGACGAUCGGGACGAUCAGUCGUACCGUGGGGUACCGGCUUGGGCGACACCUGGACUCCAUCGUGCCGCUCUUCUUCCAGUUCUGCGGCGACCCUGAGGAUGAGAGCCUGCACACCGAGGCUGCGGACGAGCUGAGGGAGAACUGCUUCCAGGGGUUCGAGUCGUUCGUGAUGCGGUGCCCUCGCGAGGUCACGCCGCACCUCAGCGGCAUCAUCAGCGUGUCCCUGCAGUACAUCAAGUACGACCCGAACUACAGCUACGGGGACGAUGAGGACGGCGAUGAGGACGUCGACAUGGACGAGGAGUACGAAGAGGAGUUCAGCGACGACGAAGGCGGUGCCUCGGACGACGACGACACCAGCUGGAAGGUCCGCCGCAGCGCCAUCAAGGUGCUCAAGGCGGUCAUCGAGUGCCGCUCCGAGCUUCCCGACGAGGUGUACAACAGGUGUCCGGACGAGCUGAUCGCGCGGUUCAAGGAGCGCGAAGAGAACGUUCGCACGGACGUUGUGGGGUGCUUCUCCAAGCUCUUGGAGGCGGCGUAUUCCGCGGGCGGUUCCGCCGCGCGGGUGGGGGCGGGCGGGGGUGGGGGGAGGAGCGGAGGAGGACGGGGGCGGGGAGGGGACGCGGGCGUUCACCAGUACUACCACCCGCACACGCGAGAAACACCGAAGGGGAUGGAGGAGCGGCAGAAGGUGGCGCUGACGGCGCUGAAGAGCAAGCUCGGGGCCAUCGUGAAGGCCUCCGACAAGCAGCUCAAGGGGAAGAGCCACAAGACCAUCGUUGCCAUAUUCCAGAUGCUGCGUACGCUGUGCGUGGUGCUUGGGGGGGGGCUGGACGCCCACAUGCCGAACCUCAUCGAGAGCACGCACCGCUGCCUCCAGGACAAGAACCAGAGCCUCAAGCUGGAGGCGCUGCUGUUCCUCCGGCUGAGCAUGGAAAAGCACCCCCCCUUCGUCUUCCACGCGACGGUGCAAGAGAGCAUCAAGCACGUAACUGCGUGCGUGAAGGAGGACUGGUACAAGAUCAUCGCGGAGGCCCUGCGAGUGGUCGGCAGCAUCAUCAAGAUCGUGCGGCCGCUGUCGGUGGAGACGGACGCGAUGGUCGACGACUUCGCCUUCCAGCCCCUGGUGCAGCCGUUAUACGACGCCAUCUACCCCAGGUUGUCGGCGCACGACAUCGAUCAGGAGAUCAAGGAGUGUGCGAUCACGUCGAUGGGUCUGCUGCUGGCGCACCUCUCCUCUGACCUGAACAACCAGCUGCCUGAGGUGCUGGGCCUGUUGAUGGACCGCCUGGGCAACGAGAUGACCCGGAUGGCCACGCUCAAGGCGCUGGCCGCUGUAUCGGUCAGCCCCCUCAAGGUGGACCUGAAGCCCAUCCUGCCCUCGGCCACGGAGGAGCUCGCCCAGUUCCUCCGGCAGCAGUCGAGGCCCCUCAAGCAGACCACGCUCGAGACCCUGCUCGCCUUGAUUGGGAGCAACCACGCUCAGAUGACGCAGGCGUUGUUCUCCCUGCUGCUCAAGGAGUCGGCCGCUCUCGUCACCGACGCCGACCUACACCUCGCACAUCUCAGCCUCAAGAUGUCCUGCUUGAUCUUGGAAGUGUCCCCCAAGUCCGCCGAGGCUGUUCGCGUCGAGGUGCUCCCCCGGGCGCUUGAGCUGUCCACGUCUCCGCUGCUGCAAGGGCUUGCGUUGGCAUCACUGCUCAACCUCUUCAAGAUCUUGGUGGGCAUCAACCACAAGGGGAUGGGCUUCGACGACCUGCUGGGGGCGUUACAGAACGGGGUGGAAAACGGAGGCGACAGGCUACAGAAGCAAGCCAUCGGCAACAUCGCCAGGGGUAUGGGGGUGCUGUGCGCCCCAACCAACGACCCGGCGAGAAACAAGAAGGUUGCCCGCCUGGUGGAGGACAUGCAGGGCAAGGACAGCAAGGACGGAAAGGAAGACAACCGCAAGCACCUCGCCCUUCUUGUUAUCGGGGAGCUCGGCCGACAAUCGGAUCUCAGCAGGGUCAAGAACCUGCAGGGCAUCAUUUUGGGGCGUUUCGAGGGGGAAAACGAGGAGAGGAAGACGGGGGCGGGGUACUCGUUGGGGCAUGUCGCGUUCGGCAACAUGCCCAUGUACCUGCCCGGCAUCCUGGACGCGUUCGAGAGGUCGGUCAAGCACCAGUACCUGCUGCUGUCCUCCCUCAAGGAGGUGAUCGUGUGCCACGCCAACACCCCGGGGCUGGAGUUCGGCCCCUACGUUGACCAGGUGCUGCCUCACCUGUUCCAGCACUGCACCAGCGACGAGGAGGGGGUCCGCAAUAUGGUUGCCGAGUGCCUGGGUGUGCUGACCAGCAUGCACCCCCAGAGGCUCGUGCCGGAGCUGUUGAAGCUGCCGGGAGACAAGCCGAACCCCCUCACGCUGUGGACUCUGGCGACGUCCCUGAAGUACUGCAUGGCCGGCAAUGCCCCCGUCGAGGAGCUGUCCCCCCACAUGGAGUCCUUCCUCGAGAUGAUGAACAACGAUGACCUGGACGUGAAGAAGGCAGCCCUCCUCAUGGUCAACGCGGCGGUGCACCACCAGCCUUUCCUGGUGUCAGAGCUGUUGCCCGGCCAGAUCAUCCCCGCCCUCUACACCACCGUGGAGCUCAAGUUGGAGAGAAUCGUCGACUUGGGGCCAUUCAAGCACAAGGUGGACGACGGCGAGCCUCUCCGAAAGGCGGCCCUGUCGUGCAUCGACACCAUCCUCGACAACCUGCCCAACAGGCUGGACAUCGGCACCCUAAUGCCCUACCUCGCCAAGGGCACGGGCGACUCCAAGCCAGACGUCCAGAUGCUCUGCCACCAGAUCGUGUCCAAGAUCAGCGAGUACUCCCCCGGAGGCGUCCUUGGCUCGCUCAACUCUCUCAUCGAGCCCCUCGAGAAGACGUGCAACAAGCAGGUGAAGGCUGAGCAGGUGGGCACUGAAGUGGAACGAGCCAACGACCUCAUCCGCAGCGCCCUCCGAUGUGUCGUGGCCAUCUCCAAGAUCGACGAGAUCGAGGUGAGCCACAAGUUCACCGAGUUCAUGGAGCGGCUGCACAGAAAGGACCGUCUUGUCAACAUGAUGGCCAGCAUCAAGUCGGAGCGCACGCUAGAGGGCUAAAUGGAGAGGAGAAACAAGUGGGGCCAGGGAGAGAGGAUCGCUCAUGCGGCGGACGAUGGGCGUCGUUUCUCGAUGGCUUGCCUACAUUGAUCUUUGGCGUGACUCCUCCGUUGGAUGGUUUUGAUCGUGGGCUGCUGCUGCUGCUGCUGCUGCUGCUGCUGGCUGGCACGGGCCAUCCGCGAGACGCCAGUUGAAGUAGAGCGUACUGAAGACUUGGGUGGGGUGUGUGCUUUUGGCAUGUAUGCCUGCCUGUUUUAGGCAAGGAAAUACUCGGGAAUUUGACGUACGUGCCAUUAUCCCCUCAGUCCUAGAACGGAAAUCAAGCAUAUUUUUGUGCGGACGGCCAGGGGAGGGGGGUGGGUAGGCUGAUUGGUAUGGUUCGAGUGAGCCAACAGUUUUUCGGUAUUGACACAUAUGUGAU